ACUUUGACGGAACCGGAGACCAGAAGCAGACGCCGGCAGAGGGAGAUAUGUGUGGAAUUGCGGUUGUUGUAUGCGGCGUUCGUAUCGAACUCUCGACGCUUUCUUCGUUUCUCUCUGAAACUGUGACUCCUUUCGAACGAUUACAAGUCUGUGUUGAAGAUGUUAAAUCUGUCUUAAGCCAAAGAGGUCCUGAUAGUGUAGGAGAAAAGACUAUUCAUCUUCAACAAAAUGCAUCAACUUGUGGUCAAGAUUCUGUGACUCUCUCUGUUUCUGAGGCUAGUGGAGGAACUUAUGAGCUUGAGGAGACUACUUCUUUGGGUGAAUUGCAUUUUAUUGGUUCUACAUUACAGCUUAGAGGAACUAGUCCUAUAAGGCAGCCAUUGGUGGAUUCUUCUGGGAACAUUCUAGCUUACAAUGGCGAAGUAUUUGGUGGAAUUGAACUCAACUGCUAUGAUAAUGAUACUGAAGUGCUUUUGAAGUCUUUAGAGAAAGCAAAAGCUUUAGUUCCAGAUGUUCUUUCGAUGAUUAAAGGCCCCUGGGCCAUUAUAUAUUGGCAGGAAACCUCAAGAACGCUAUGGUUUGGUAAAGAUGCUUUUGGUCGGAGGAGCCUCCUUGUUCACUGGCCAACUGUGGAAGACCCUCGUUUUCUUCUAUCGUCUGUUUCACCAGCUUCUUCAGUUGCUCAAGGAUUGGAUACUGAAAAUGGUAAUAGCAUUCAUAGAUUUUGGGAAGAGCUUCCAUGUGGCGUAUACAGCAUUUCUUUUGGGGUUUCUGAAUUAUGUAUUCGUGGUGAAGUCACAAAACACGAAUGGAGAAAUACCAUCUGGAAAGAAUUGAUUGAAUGGAAAAGGGAAUUAGUUGUACCUAGACCUGAAGAUCUAUCAACGUCAUCGCAUAGUGGAAUUCAGGAAGACAAAUCUGUUUCAACUUCUUUAGGAUUAGCGCAGACAGUUUUGGUCGUGUUAAAGGAAUCAGUGAGGCGGCGAACUUCACUUCAUAGCAUUUAUCAGGGAGAAAAAGAAGCUGUCCCAGUAGCUGUUCUUUUCUCUGGUGGAUUGGAUUCAAUGAUUCUUGCUGCGCUGUUGGAUCAGUGCCUGGAUCCAAAAUAUGAGGUGGAUCUCCUUAAUGUCAGUUUUGACGGUCCUAAUGCUCCUGAUAGGAUCUCCGCCAAGGCUGGAAUAAAGGAACUCAAAAAGAUUGCACCUUUGAGAAGGUGGAAACUUGUUGAGAUUGAUGCUGAUCUGUCAAAACUAACCUUUGAGACCAAACGUGUUAUGUCACUCAUAAAUCCUGCAGACACUUACAUGGACCUUAACAUAGGAACAGCACUAUGGUUAGCUGCUCGCGGUGAUGGUUGGAUUCACGAAGAUAAUGAAAAUCCAAGUGUAGAAGAAGAUAAACAACGGGUCAAAUAUAAGUCUGAUGCUAGAAUCCUGCUUGUUGGUGCUGGUGCUGAUGAGCAAUGUGCUGGUUAUGGUAGGCACAGAACAAAAUAUCGAAACGGAAGUUGGGUUGCGCUGGAUCAAGAAAUGAAAUUAGAUAUGCAGAGAAUUUGGAAAAGAAAUUUGGGUCGAGAUGAUCGAUGCAUUGCAGAUAACGGAAAAGAGGGGCGAUUCCCGUUCUUAGAUGAAGAUGUGAUAAAGACUCUCCUUGACAUUCCCUUGUGGGAAAUUGCGGAUCUUGAGCAACCAAGUGGAAAGGGAGACAAGAAGAUUCUUAGACAGGUUGCAAAGUUGCUUGGUUUACAUGAAGUUGCAAAGAUGCCUAAGAGAGCAAUUCAGUUUGGAUCGAGAAUCGCUCGUGAAUCAAACCGGAAGAAUUUUGGAAGUAACCGUGCCGCAAACCAGGCUUCUGCCGGGAGCGUGAGAUUCCAAGCACCGUCACACUAAUUCCCUCCUAUUCAUGUUAAACAAACUAUCUGUUAGAUCAAAUUUUGUUAUCCAUUGUAUCCUAUACAAAGAAACAUUCUUUCAAUGUUCUCAAAACUGGUUUGAACAUUGAACAAAAAAGGGACUAAUAAGAGGAAAUGUUAAGUCUUGAACCACUUGA